AUGGAUACCUCCUCCAACGUCCUCCAUGUAGUGGCGGUGCCUUAUCCUGGUAGAGGCCACAUCAACCCCAUGACCAACCUCUGCAAAUUACUAGCUUCCAGGAAAAACGACAUUCAAAUCACCGUCGUCGUCACCGAAGAGUGGCUUGGCUUCAUAGGCUCCAAUCCGAAACCCAAUAACAUCAGCUUCCGUACCAUACCCAACGUCCUUCCCUCUGAGCUAGUUCGUGGCGCCAACUAUCCCGCCUUCUACGAAGCCGUGAUGACGAAGAUGGAAGCUCCGUUCGAAAAGCUACUAGAUCAAAUUCAUCCUCCGGUGACCGCCAUUAUAGCCGACAUCGAGCUUCUCUGGGCAGUUCCCGCAGGCCGCUGGAGAAAUAUUCCGGUGGCUUCGCUUUCCACACUGUCGGCGUCGGUUUUUCAUCCCCUCUUCCGAAAUAGGGAGCUGAAUUUAUUAGAUUGUGGAGAUCAAAUACCAGGGGUUUCUUUUACUGAUUUAGCAGACCUUGGAGAAGUGUUCAAGGGAAACGACCCAAAAGUCAUUAAGCUUGCUCUGGAGUGCAUUUCAUGGGUUCCAAAAGCACAGUAUCUUCUGUUUACUUCCGUUUAUGAGCUGGAACGUCAAAUCUUUGACUCUUUACAAGCAGAAUUCCCAUUCCCUGUGUACCCAAUUGGUCCCGCCAUACCUUAUCUAGAGCUUGAACACAAUUGCUCUGUAUCAGCUGCAGACAAUAGCAUUGACUAUCUGAAAUGGCUUGAUUCUCAGCCGAAAGGCUCUGUCUUGUACAUCUCGUUGGGCAGUUUUCUUUCAGUUUCGAGCACCCAAAUGGACGAAAUUGCAGCAGGGCUGAGGAAUAGCGGGAUUCGGUACUUGUGGGUUGCUAGGGGGGAGGCUUCUCGGUUGAAAGAGAGCUGCAAUGGUGAAAUGGGGUUGGUGGUGUCUUGGUGUGAGCAACUGAAAGUGUUGUGCCAUUCUUCUGUUGGUGGUUUUUGGACUCAUUGUGGGUGGAACUCCACUCUGGAAGCUGUUUUCGCUGGUGUUCCAAUGCUUACUUUCCCUCUGUUCCUUGAUCAACUGCCCAACAGCAGGCAAAUUGUUGAAGAAUGGAGGAUUGGCGGGAGGGUUAAGACAGAGGUACAAGAUGAGAAAUUGAUGACAAGGGAAGAAAUUGCUGAGCUCGUGAAGAGAUUUAUGGAUCUUGAAAACAGUGAUGGAAAAGAAAUGCGGAAAAGAGCAAAAGAACGCAGUGAUUUGUGUCAUCAAGCAAUUGCAAAAGGGGGUUCAUCUGAUACAAACCUUGAUAAUUUUAUCAGGGAUAUAGGCAAAGCUGCAACCUUCUAG